AUGGUUCAGCAAAUGCAAGUCAGAUGUAACGACUGUGGAGGAGGAAGACGAAGGGAACGUCAGCAGCCUGGCGAGGCAUUGCUCAUCCUUUUUUUUGCCUCGUAUCUCUGCCCGCUCAUCGAUAGGGUCGCCAAGCAUCUAUGUGUAUCUCACAAUUUAUCUUUUCCUACCUGUUUAGGUUCACGGAUUCCCGAAUCAGACAAAUGUAGCAACUGCAGGGGUGAAAAGAGCGAGGAAGUCAAGAAAAUUUUGGAGGGUCACGUCGAGCCUGGAAUGCGCCAUAACGACAAAAUCACAUUCCCAGGCGAGGGAGAUCAGUCCGAUCCAGACAUUGAGCCCGGUGACGUGGUCAUUGUCAUUGUCAUACAAGUAAAGCCACAUGAUGUCUUCGAGAGGGAGGGCGACGAUCUCAUCGCGAAAAAAACUAUAUCGUUAAACGAGGCUUUGUGUGGAUAUGAAAUUCCUUUGAAACACCUAGACGGACGUACUCUUAUUCUCAAGAACAAACCGGGCGAUAUAAUCACACCAGAUUGCGUGCGUGGCAUCGUAGGAGAAGGCAUGCCACAAAGGCGUCAUCAUGACAUCCGCGGAAAUCUCUAUGUAAAGUUUGACGUCACAUUUCCUAACGAUCAUUUUCUCGAAGAUGAGACGAAAUACAAGAUUAUUGAGUCUGCAUUCCCUCCAGUCCGAAAAAUCGCACAUCCUCCAAAUUGCGAAGAGGUCGGCCAUGAAGAAAGCGGUUUCGCCACAGUCACAGCUCUUCGCCGUGGAGUCCCAGCUGUUGUCCCCAGUAUCACAUUCCCUUCUGGUGGUCAAUCCGAACAGGAUGCAACGAUAUAA